AUGCUGCACCUCUCACCAUCGACUUCGCACCCUAUUCCUCUCUCCGAGAACCGCCGAAGCCCCGAUAUCACUGACGGCGCGCAAUUGAACCCGAAAUCACCGACUCUGAAUGGCUCCACACCCAUCUCUCUCACCGAACUCUCCCAAUAUCUCCACACACACCUCUCCACACCCUUCACGCCCGAUGACGAAAUCCACUCAUGUGGUCAGGCGGCCCUGAAAGUUCUACCAGUCCGACCGGAAGCGUGCGUUAGGCUCGCGUACGAGAAGCUCCACGCGUACCCGUACAAGGAUGUGCCAACCUGUUGGAGGCGGUUGCAUACUGAGGGUAGUCUAUGGGAGGUCUUGACUAUCAUCAGGAAAGAGGAGGAACGGCUGAAGGCGGAAGGGGAGGGCAAUGUGCUGGAUAUGGCGCUAAUACUGAGCGGUGGGCCGGGAAGAGAGGACGUCAUUGAGAGGUUUAUGGGGAUGUUGGAAGAGUUUCUAUCUCUCUUCUCGUCGUCUAGAUCUGAUUCUCGGCCCUCAAAACGUCAAAAGCUCACCCCUUCCCACAAUAUCGACGUCCAAGUCAUACCAUCCUCCUUUCCUUCAACCUCCAUCCCAGCUCCACUACUUCGCAGGCCCAUAACUCGCAUCUGCGCCCUCUCCCACGCGGGCUUUCAGAGCUACCUCGAUAAAAGCGAUGGAAAGCCGACGCCGCUAAUUCUCACGGGCGGGUUGGAAGAAUGGCCAGCGAUGCGGAAACGGCCAUGGAGCGAUCCGCGGUAUCUACUAGGCCGUACGCUAGGAGGACGGAGGCUGGUGCCGGUGGAGGUAGGGAGGAGUUAUGUGGAUGAGGGAUGGGGCCAGCGGAUCAUCACUUUCAAAGAAUUCAUGGAGACCUAUAUGCUUCAUACCCAACCUCCGGCCCCAAUAGCAGUAGAAGGGGAAAAAUUGGAAGAAGAAGAGGGAGAUGAGGUGGGAAAGGAGACGGACAUUGCAUAUCUAGCACAGCAUCCCCUGCUGACCCAACUCCCUGCGCUUCGGUCCGACAUCGUGAUUCCGGACUACUGCUAUACCUCCCCGCCACCUGUCCCUAACCUCCCAAAUCCACCACCACUACUUGAUGAACCGUUGCUCAACGCCUGGUUUGGUCCCGCAGGGACUAUUUCCCCUCUACAUACGGAUCCGUAUCAUAACAUCCUGGCGCAGGUGGUGGGGCGGAAGUACGUGAGACUGUAUGCGCCGGGGAGUAAGAUGUGGCCAAGAGGGGUGGAGGAGGGUGGUGUGGAUAUGGGGAAUACGAGUGAGAUCGAUUUGGAAGAGUUGCUGCAGAAUGAGUUUCAAGACGAGUCCAAAAGAAUAGGAAAAGAUGAAGGAUCAGGGGAUAAAAGAAGAAACUUUGACGAAGCGUUUCCGGGCUUCAGAGAUGUGCCAUAUUUCGAGGGCAUACUCAGCCCUGGCGAGUGCCUAUACCUGCCGGUGGGUUGGUGGCAUUUCGUGAAGAGCUUAUCCCCGAGCUUUAGUGUUAGCUUUUGGUGGAAUUGA